AUGCCGUCCACAUUCACCAAGACUUUCGACACCCCUGCAUACAAGGGGACUGUUACGAUCCCUCUGGGCCUCUACAUAAAUGGAGAGUUCGUCGACCCUGUUGAGGGCGGCACAAUCGAUGUUGUCAAUCCUGCAACGGGCAAGGUGGUCACGUCUAUCGCAGCUGGGACAAAAGCCGAUAUAGACAUUGCUGCGAAGGCAGCAAAGGAAGCUUACAAGACUUCAUGGGGCCUGAAAGUUCCUGGAACUCAGCGCGGAAAGCUCAUGUCGAAGCUCGCCGUUUUGAUGGAGGAACAUAUUGCGGAGUUCGCUGCUCUUGAUGCCCUUGCUAAUGGGAAGGCUUACAAUACCGCCUACGGUAAAGACAAUAAAGGGGCGAUUGCCGUCAUGGAAUACUAUGCUGGCUGGGCUGACAAGAUCAGCGGGAAGACUAUCGAGACCAAUGAGAAAAAACUCGCUUAUACCAGACAUGAACCCAUCGGUGUUGUGGGUCAAAUUAUUCCAUGGAAUGUUCCGAUGUUCUCUCUUUCUCUCAAGGUCGCUCCUGCACUAGCUACCGGCAACACGAUCGUCCUGAAGCCUUCUGAGAUUACCCCGCUUUCUGCUCUUCUCUUCUGUACCCUGAUCGAGCAGGCAGGUUUCCCUCCUGGUGUCAUCAACAUCGUGAACGGAUAUGGUUCAACAGCAGGGCAGGCAAUCUCUGAGCACCCUCUUAUCGAGAAAGUUGCAUUCACUGGCAGCACUCUGACGGGACGGAAAAUUAUGGAGGCUGCUGCAAAGAGCAACCUGAAGUCUGUCACCCUUGAGCUUGGCGGAAAGAGCCCCAAUGUCAUCUUCGAUGACGCCGACCUGGAGCAGGCAGUCAAGUGGGCUAUUCACGGUAUCUACUAUAACCACGGUCAGAAUUGUUCUGCAGGUUCUCGUAUCUUUGUUCAAGAGGGCAUAUACGACAAGUUCUUGGACCAGUUCACAGAGCAAGCACGCGCGAUCAAGGUUGGCGAUCCUUUUUCACCUGACACGUACCAAGGGCCACAAGUGUCCAAGACUCAAUUUGAGCGCAUCAUGGGAUACAUAACCUCCGGCCAGAACGAUGGUGCUACAGUACACCUUGGCGGCAAGCAAGUUGGUCAAGAGGGAUACUUCAUCGAGCCAACAAUUUUCACGGAGUGCCAGCCCAACAUGAAAAUCGUCAGAGAGGAGAUAUUUGGUCCCGUCGCGUGCGUCAUAAAGUUCAAGACUGAAGAUGAGGUCGUUGAACAGGCUAAUGAUACAUCAUACGGACUUGCCGCAUCGGUGUUCACCAAAGAUAUCGACAGAGCAAUCCGCGUUGCACACGCUCUUGAAGCAGGUACUGCAUGGAUAAACUGCUCCAACCAAGCUGAAAUAUCGAUGCCAUUUGGAGGCUUCAAGCAGUCUGGAAUUGGUCGUGACCUGAGCGAGUAUGCUUUGGAAAACUAUACGAACGUUAAAGCCGUUCAUGUCAACAUUGGAUUGCGAUUGUGA